CAGGCUUCACUCCCCACCGCACCCGUCACCGUUCCGUCCACCCACUCCCCUCUGCAACAACCCCCAUCCACAAUGUCCGCUCCAGCACGAAGCGCCGCCCUCAAGAUUGAAUGGGCCAAAAUCACCAGCAGCCUCGGCCUUAAAGGUCAGACGGCCGCGUCCCUGCAAGCCUUCAAGAAGCGCAACGAGGAUGCCCGCCGCAAGGUUGUCGUCCUGCACGACACGCCGCGCGAGGUCGACUUCGCCCACUACCGCUCCGUGCUCAAGAACCAGGCCGUGAUCGACGAGAUCGAGGCCGCCUAUAAGGCCUUCAAGCCCAAGACCUACGAUGUAUCCAAGACCCUCGCCGCCAUCGAAACGUUCGAGGCUGCCGCCGUCAAGAACGCCGAGACUACUAAGGGCAAGGUCGAUGCUGAGCUGCAGGAUCUGAGCAUGACCCUCAAGAACAUUUCCGAGGCUCGCUCGUUCGAUGAGUUGACUGUGGACGACAUUGCUAAGGCCCGUCCCGACAUCGACGUCCGGACCGAGCAGAUGGUUACCAAGGGCCGGUGGAUGCCGCCUGGAUACAAGGAGAAAUUCGGCGAUCUCUCUCUCUUGUAAGAGGAGCAUGCGCAAACCCUUGUAUCAAAGUAAAUCUUUCAUAAAACUCGAGGCGAAGGCGAAUAGCAGACUGGUGU